ACGUCGCAAUUUUGACUGUGUUUCCGGCCACGUUUGUUGUAGCAAAUAAUCAAAUUAUGCGGUUAUAACUUUAAAUGUAACACGUAACUAUUUUAAUAAAUUAUAACUGCAAAUGAAAUAGAAAUAUUGCCAUCAUGGAUUAUUGGUUUUCUCUGCUUGCUCUUUUCUCUAUAUAUUUCAAGUUUACUACAGGUACAGAAUUAACCUUUGAACUGCCAGAUAGUGCUAAGGAAUGCUUUCACGAAGAAAUAAAGAAAAAUACGUCGGUAACUGUUGAAUUCCAGGUUGUAACGGGCGGUCAGUAUGAUGUCGAUGUUACCGUUGAAGAUCCGAAGAAGCAAGUCAUUUACAAACAAAUAAAGAUGCAGUUCGAUUCACAUACAUUUACUACUGAACAUACAGGGGUUUACAUAGUCUGCUUUAGUAAUGAGUUUUCGACAUUCUCGCACAAACUUGUUUAUUUUGAUCUCCAAGUGGGCGACGAACAGCCCUUGCCUGGUAUUGGUGAACACGUUACUGUCAUGACCCAGAUGGAGACAUCGGCGCAAGACAUUCAUAAAUCUUUAAAUUCUAUAAUAGAUUUUCAAACCCAUCAUAGACUAAGGGAAACACAAGGAAGAAAACGUGCAGAAGAUCUUAAUGAGAGAGUGUUGUGGUGGUCAAUCUUAGAGUCGUUAGCCGUGUUAGUAAUUGGUUUUGGACAAGUUUUCAUUCUCAAAAAUUUCUUUACUGACAAGAAACCGUUUGGUGUGAAAUGAUCAGGAAUAGGUAAUACAAUAUUACCUUUAGGCUACUUUUUGUUAAUUGACUUCCGUUAUGUAUUGUUAUUAUCUUAGUUUAAGUCGAAGUAGAACAUUGAUUAUGGAAAACUAAAUAGUUAUACCUUUUAAAAGCAUACGUAUUGUUUUUAACGUUUAAUGUAAAUUUUUCUUUGAAGGUGUAGAUAAAAUACCUUGAUGAAAUGUUUGCAUUACGAUUAAGUCCUGAAAUCCGCUUACUUAAUCUCAUUCCGUAUUUUUCUUCCUAUUGUAAAGAUAAGAUAAAUUAUUGUUACAUCAGAAUUCAUUAGGCAAAAUCAUUUUUAGCACUAAGGAAGCAGGUAAGUGUAAUUAAAAUGCUGAUAUAUCAAUAUAAUUAAUGGUCUACUUAAAAUGGUCUCGUAUAAAGUUAUCUGGUUUGUUUUAAUUUAUGAAUUAUUGAUGUGUGGAACCGUUUCAUGUGCAUUUGGAAAUGCAACUACAUCAUUUCAUCGGUAACACGAAUGUUCUCUAAAUUGCAUUUCCAAUCUUGCCUUUAUCAAUUUUAUUUGUAUAGCAAAGAUGUCUUUGAUUCAAAAACAGUAUUUAUCUUUAAUAGGUUCAAUUUAAAUAUACAGAUGUACAAAAUGAAGUUUUAUAGGCUGUUAUUAAUUUCUAGCGUGUAUAAAACUGUACUUUAAUGAAGACAUUAAAA